UCGCACGCCAGCCCGUGGCAGGGCACCGGGGGCCCCGGCGCCAGGAGAGCUGGUGCGCAGCGCGGGCUUCCGCCCACCAUCUGUCGGCGCCCGGCGCCCCAGUCUCCUGCGGCCGCUGUUGGAACUGCCGUCGGCUGAGUCUUGCAGAGACCGGAGAAGCCGGGUUUGCGUCCUUCCCGGUCUGGGCGACUAAGCGGCGUCCUCAGCCGAGGAACGCUCAGGACUGCCCUGUCUCCGCAAAGACCAAAAGGAGAGGUCAAUGCCACAUUGAUAACACUGUCCCCUGCUUUCAGGAGCACUGAGCUUGUUCAGAGCUUUCCUCUGACACAUCCAAAAUGGUCUUUAGACACAUUGGCUAAGAGCUCACGUCUGCCUGGGAGGACUUCCUACUCUCAACACCACCAUCUUCUCAUGGCAUUUUGACUGUACCGAGCCCAAACUCUUCAUAAUGAGUGAUGAGAAGAACCUGGCUGUGUCCCAAAAACUGGUUUCACCUUCCAGAAGCACAAGUAGCUGUUCCUCCAAGCAAGGAAGCCGACAGGACAGCUGGGAAGUGGUGGAAGGAUUGAGGGGAGACAUGACCUACACCCAGGAGCCGCCUGUGCAGAAAGGAUUUUUGCUGAAGAAGAGGAAAUGGCCCUUAAAAGGCUGGCACAAGAGAUUCUUCUGCCUGGAAAAGGGAAUCUUGAAGUACGCCAAGAGCCAAACCGAUAUCGAGAGAGAGAAGCUUCACGGCUGCAUUGACGUGGGGCUCUCGGUGAUGUCUGUGAAGAAGUCAUCCAAGUGUAUAGACCUCGACACAGAGGAGCACAUCUACCACCUGAAGGUGAAGUCGGAAGAGGUGUUUGACGAGUGGGUGUCCAAGCUCCGGCACCACAGAAUGUACCGGCAGAAUGAGAUCGCCAUGUUUCCCCGUGACGUCAGUCACUUUUUCCCGGGGUCUUCCGUCACAGAUUCUGCCCCAGGAGUGUUUGACUCUGUUUCCAGUAGGAAGCGUAGCAGUCUAUCCAAGCAGAAUUCAUUUCCGGCUGGAAGCAAUUUGUCGUUUUCUUGUGGAGGUGACACACGAGUUCCGUUCUGGCUACAGUCGUCAGAGGACAUGGAGAAAUGCUCAAAAGACCUGGCACACUGCCACGCCUAUCUGCUAGAAAUGAGCCAGCUCUUAGAGAGCAUGGACGUUCUGCAUCGGACAUACUCGGCACCCGCCAUCAAUGCCAUCCAGGGUGGAGCUUUUGAAAGUCCCAAAAAGGAAAAGCGAUCACACAGGAGGUGGAGGUCCAGAGCUAUUGGCAAAGAUGCUAAAGGAACGCUGCAGGUCCCUAAACCCUUUUCUGGCCCCGUGAGACUACACUCCUCCAAUCCUAACCUGUCAACACUGGACUUUGGAGAAGAGAAGUGCUACUCGGAUGGUUCGGAAGCCUCGUCAGAGUUCUCCAAGAUGCAGGAGGACCUGUGUCAUGUUGCCCACAAAGUUUACUUCGCUUUAAGGUCAGCUUUUAAUAGCAUAUCAGCGGAGAGAGACAGGCUGAAGCAGCUGGCAGACCUGGACAACUCUUCCUCCCCUUCCGCUCAGGUCGUCGGUCUGAAGCAAGCUCUGUCAUCCGCCCUAGCACAAAACACAGAUCUUAAAGAACGCUUAUGCAGAAUCCAUGCGGAGUCUCUGCUCCUCGACCCGCCCGCUGUUCCCAAGCCGGGGGACAACCUGGCAGAGGACAACUCCGGGGAUGAAAGCCGAGCGCUGGUGCAUCAGCUGUCCAAUGAGAGCAGGCUGUCCAUCACUGACUCCCUUUCAGAGUUCUUUGAUGCCCAGGAAGUUCUGCUGUCUCCUAGCUCUUCAGAGAACGAGGUUUCUGAGGAUGAUUCAUAUGUCAGUGACAUAAGUGAUAACCUGUCCUUAGACAACCUCAGUAAUGACUUAGACAAUGAAAGACAGACCUUAGGGCCUGUUCUCGAAAGUAGUGAAGAGGCCAGAUCCAAAAGGCGGACCUGCCUGCCGGCUCCGGGCCCCAACACCAGCAGCGUCAGCGUGUGGAGCAUCCUGCGCAACAACAUUGGCAAAGACCUGUCCAAGGUGGCCAUGCCGGUGGAGCUCAACGAGCCCCUCAACACGCUGCAGCGGCUCUGCGAGGAGCUGGAAUACAGCGAGCUUCUGGACAAGGCUGCGCGCACCCCCAGUCCCCUGGAGAGGAUGGUGUACGUGGCCGCCUUCGCCAUCUCUGCAUACGCGUCCAGCUACUUCCGGGCAGGGAGCAAGCCGUUCAACCCCGUCCUUGGAGAAACGUACGAGUGCAUCCGACAGGACAAGGGUUUCCAGUUUUUUGCCGAGCAGGUCAGCCACCACCCACCUAUCUCCGCCUGCCACGCUGAGUCUGCGAACUUCGUUUUCUGGCAAGAUGUGAGGUGGAAAAAUAAAUUCUGGGGUAAAUCCAUGGAAAUUGUCCCGAUUGGCACAACCCACGUGAUUCUGCCUGCUUUUGGGGACCACUUUGAGUGGAACAAAGUGACCUCCUGUAUCCACAACAUCUUAAGCGGACAGCGCUGGAUCGAGCACUACGGCGAGAUUGUCAUCAAGAACCUGGCUGACGACUCCUGCCACUGCAAAGUGAACUUCAUAAAGGCAAAAUACUGGAGCACGAACGCCCACGAGAUCGAAGGCACGGUGUUCGACCGCAGUGGGAAGGCUGCGCACCGGCUGUUUGGGAAAUGGCACGAGAGCAUCUACUGUGGCGGAGCCUCCUCCUCCACCUGUGUCUGGAGAGCAAAUCCCAUGCCAAAAGGCUAUGAGCAGUAUUAUGGCUUCACACAGUUUGCGUUAGAGUUAAAUGAAAUGGAUCCAUUGUCAAGGUCUUUAUUACCACCCACCGACACUCGGUUUAGACCAGAUCAAAGGCUUCUAGAAGAAGGGAACGUGGAGGAAGCUGAGGUGCAGAAGCAGAGGAUCGAGCAGCUGCAGCGGGAGAGGCGGAGGGUCUUAGAGGAGAGCAGCAUGGAGCACCAGCCCCGGUUUUUCAGGAAAUCCAGCGACGACUCCUGGGUGAGCAACGGGACCUACCUUGAACUGAGGAAAGACCUUGGGUUUUCCAAACUGGACCAUCCUGUCUUGUGGUGAAAGAGUAAAGAAGAGAGUUAUAUUAGGGAACUUCUCCACAUCUGCUUCCGGAAGCAGCACACACCUGUGUCUGUAUGUUUAAGAGAUAAUGUCUAAAAUGAUGGGCUUGUGCUUAGCUUAGCCUUGUAAGUACUGAAGUAUAUAUUUUCUUCAGUAAGUUUCUUUACAAUUUCAAGUGUUAUAAUGAUUGUUUAUAUGAAUGUAGAACACCUCGGUAUUUCUUUUUAUAUAUAAACUAUUUAAUAAAAAUGAAAGAUUGAAUGUUAAUGUGUGGGUUAAGAAAAGAUUUAACACUAAUUUUCCAAAGGUAAGGGAGGGGGAUCAAAUUUAUGCCUUAUAAAAUCACACUGGAGAAAAAAAUCUCCAGGUGCAUUAAGAACUAAAGAACGCCCAGGGUUGCUCACCCGUGUGCUAGCUAUCCAGUUUUAAUUGGUAGCUGGGAUAUCUUUUUGCCUCAGACAGCACUUGAGUUGCUCAGACAGAACAAGUCUACUGGUGCUGAAGUACCAAGAAUAUUUUCAUUUGCAUUUUAGUGGCUAAGGAAUCUUUCUAAGGUCAGUGGGAAGCGUGUUUUUACGGAAGGUGUGGGCCUCACCCAUCUAGAAAGGGAAGCCUUCUCUCCCUGUAGAUGUGAUAGCCUGCCCACCCUUAGAGACGCUGCGUUAAUCAGAAAAGUCUUUCUUAACUCAGUGUCCUGACCGCGUCCUGGGGAGGCAGCAGGCGUUCCGUUUUUACUCAGUGAGAGCGGAAUCCUUGACAAUUUAAGAAACUACUUUCAGCUUCCUGCCCCAACCCCUGGCUUGCAAGCCCUCCUUUUGGCCCCUGUUGUGGAUGAAAAUGUCUCCUGUUUAGUAUAAGACAUACAGUAACAGACCACAGCAGUUUGACCUUCUCAAACUUCAGCCAAGUCGCUGGUGGCUUUAAAUAACCUGGCAUGUCCUUCUCCCGAGCAGCUUUGGUAUUCUCUACCUCUUACUGAGAACCGUACUUUCAACCUUGUACACAGUUUGACCAUCUGCCUUAUAGACAAGCAUCAAGCAUUCUUCUGUGUCGUCCCCAGAGAAAGCUGCAAGGGUCUUACGUCUUUCCUCUCUUCUCGUUCGUAAUCCUUUGAGUUCUGCAUCUGUCUCAGAUAGGAGCUACCAAAGGGAAAGUGCUGCUCUUGUGUCUUCCGUCAAAUCACGAUGUUAGACUGUAUGAAGUAGCUGAACUGUGUCAUCAAAACAAUUCUGACUUCUGCCCAGAGCACCUUAAAACCAAAGCCUGAUUGUUAAGCCUUUGACUGGAAUGUCUGUAGCUAUUCUAUGAAACAUUGUGUGCAAUGGUCGGGUAAAGAGGUUUCUGUAGAAAUUGUUUGAGGAGGCCCGUGACAGCAGCUCAGCAGGUAAAUGCGUUUACCAUGUAAGCCUGGCACUGAGGGCAGUCUCCGGUACCCAUAUAAAAGGCGCAAGGAGAGAACCAGCCUCAGAGUGGACCUGCAGCACAGCACAUAACCAAUUGGAUGACACCGAGUUCUCACAGCGGACUGUGGAAGGGGAACCGGUAGUCUCUGAAGUCUACAAGUAUCUUGUCAUUUUAAACAGCUCAUUAAAUAUUGGUUCGUUUAUUCUGUUCUAUGGAGACAUUAAGAUGAACACAGUGGGACUCUUCAUUUCCGUUUCUAAACAGCUGGACGGUGCAGCCUGAUUUUUCAGUUCCUGUUUUGUUCUUUUCCUUUUCAAGUGCUUUCCACGUUCUGCUCACAGACAUAGGAAGAGGGCUGUAGAUUUAGGGGGUCUCAGUGGGGAAACAAAUCUGGUGUACACAAUGAGAGGAUAAAUGUGGGAUUUCGGUAACAUUGACUGUUAAAUGGGCCUACUUGAGAGCCUGGCUCAAAGAAGAAGUAAAAACAAUGAAAACAAAACAAACAAAAAAUAAUAAAAAAUGUACCACUGGAA